UUUAGUGAAAAGGGGAUCUUUGUCAUAAUCUGAAAGUUCAUACGAUUUUGGUCGCAAUUCACAGAUGAAAGUUUCGGGGGCGGGGGUUGGCGGCGGAGUUAAAUGGAGUGUAAUGUGAACUUGUUAAGAUGAAGUAGCAAGUCUUGAACAGCAUGACGGUCAAAAUGUACGAAUCCGACAGAGCUCCCGACGAUUCCGAACGAACUGCUUUCAGAAGAGCAGAGAAGAAAUACAAGCUGUAUUACAACCACACUAACAAGAAGUCGUCUAAAGGGCAAAGACAACCCAAAAAGGUAGAGUUAUCGGAGGUGGUCGACUUCAAGUCUGUACUCGAAUCCUUCAACCAAAACGGCGAAACACCACCCGGGAUAUUCAAACUUCGUUGCGACUCCAAUCUUCCCGUUUUCGGCAUCGAAAAUCGCCCCGGAUUCUACUUUAUUCCUGGAUCAUUGAGUAUUGAGGAGCAGCAAUAUUGGAUCAAGGAAAGCUUAACUAGUUUUCCACAGCCUCCCAACAGAACCAACCACAAUGCAGUGUAUGGACCUAUUCCUGACUUAUUUAUAGCAGCAAAAAAUAAGAAAGUUUGGGUAGAAGUAAAGAAUUCAGUCAAAGAUGUGAGUGGUGGGCCUGAUUCUGGCAUAAAAGAUGCAGAUGGGUGUAAGUGGCAAUUUUCUGAGGAAACUGUUGCAAUAUCGAAAGGGCAACCAUGCAAGUCAAUUGCAGCUUCUGUUCUACUGCGGAAACUACGGUGGAGCACCCUUGGGCUGCAAUUUGACUGGUCCAAGCGCAACUAUGAUGUUUCUCUCCCACAUAACAAGAUUCCAGAGGCACUUUGUGAACUUGCUAAAAGAAUGUCUGCACCUGCCUUGCUAAUGGGGGAAGAAUUCCGGCCUGAAGCUGCAAUAGUAAAUUACUUUGGUUUAGGUGAUAUGCUUGGGGGUCACCUCGAUGACAUGGAAGCAGAUUGGAGUAAACCUAUAGUAAGCAUCAGUUUGGGCUGCAAGGCUAUCUUUCUACUGGGGGGAAAGUCUAGAGAGGAUGAUCCAAUAGCAAUGUUUGUUCGCAGUGGCGAUAUUGUACUUAUGGCAGGAGAGGCAAGGGAAUGUUUCCAUGGGGUACCGCGGAUAUUCACAGACAACGAAAAUGCCGAAAUUACCCAUCUUGCAGCGCAGUUUUCACGGCAAGAUGAUGUUUGCUUCCUGGAAUACAUCAGAACUUCAAGAAUCAACAUAAAUAUCAGACAAGUGUUUUGAGUGCUAUUCUUCCUUACCCAAAUUUUGAAAAUCUAUCUUUCCAUUUGAGCAAGGCUUUGUUUCCAUCUAAAAGAAAAGUCUACAAUCUUUUUUAUUCAUUAUAGGCUUAUAACAGGUCAUGUUGGGAAUGGAAUUGUGAAAUGAUAUUGCCAUUUUAUUUGCUCUC